AUGGAUCGAAAGCAACGCAUAAUUAAAUACGGCUCUCUUGUCCACUUCUCAUGCGAGGAAGGAUAUAUUGCUGCGACAGGACUGGAAGCUGAGGACCUGUUCAUCCGUGAAAAGAAUGGCACCGAUAUCGAUGAGGAGCCGCUGCCCCUGCUGGGGUUUGAAACCAGCGUCUUUCGGAUUGAAGCACCCGCGUCAAGCCUUACAGCAAAGGCACAGGAGGCGGUAGCGGAUCAUUUUAGCAACAAUAACACGCUUCUUAUGGAGCACUUCAGCAACAUCAACACGGCACCGGAGCUCAUGUAUGGGAAAACUUUUCUUCUUUUACAUUCCGUCAGCCAGAUGUGCGUGGCGGUAUUUCCAUCAAGGCCGUCCAAGAGUGAUCCUAACUGUGUGAGGCUUGUGCUUGUGAAGCCCGGGGAGGUUGAAUCGGACUUUUGUGAAUUUGUCAUGACGCCACGGUACAAAAUUCAUGACGAUGGGGAUCCCGUGUGUCGCGGCGAUGAGGUUCUCCUACGACUGGCUGCUUUUCCAAUUUUUGUACACGUUACGGGAAGAAAACAUCCAGGCUUGAAUAAAUGGGGCAUGCCGUUCGAAGAAGACGGCUGCGAUAGUAGCAUCAACGCUUUUGAAAAGGGUUUGGCCGCCGGCAGAAUGGUCGAUGACUUGCGUUCAGAAGUAAACGGCUCAGAGGAAAGGGCGGUGGGUUUCGUGGUGCAGCGGUAUGACAUUGGGAGGGAUCAGGCAAACUAUCAACGUGCCCUUUACCACAUUGCCCGGCCAUACGUACCAUCCGGCGUGCCAGUCUUACUUUACCACCGCGAGCGCGAAAGUUUUCUCACGACAAGCCUCACGUCGGAGUCAAGGCAGCAAAAGGAAUCUGAGGAGACCAAAAAAACAAUGGGGGCGAAUGUUGUAAGUGGGGGUGAUAAUGGAAUAAGUGGCGGUGCCUUGUCAACAAACAAAGAAAGCUCUUUUGUGGAGGGUGUUUUUGUAUCGAGAAGUGCCACACAGUUAGAAGGGAGCGGCACCUUCACCCCUGAUACGCCGGAUGCAAAUGAUAAUACGGACAGUGAUGUCGACCAUGCUGGGACACCGUUCCCGUUGUUGAUGAAGGACGAAACUUCGACGGGCUGUGUUUCUAACGAAGGAACUGCCUUCAACGACGUCUGGCGCAGUUGCACGGCCCUCUGGAUUUUGGAGAAUGAAAAUUCAACGAUAGGGGGCGCCGUGCGCAUGCAGUCUGUGAAGUAUCGUCUUCGACAGGCGUGUUCAAACAUGUAUUUGGCGGUUGCUGGCUCUGGUAUUGACGCAUUUUUUGAAGGUAAUGGAGAAAGCGAUUUUUCAGAAUCGGUCGAUGGUAUGGGCGCGGCGGCGUUAGAAGAGGGCAGUGAUGCAGGCAGCAACAGUAGCCGGAAUCAAUUGAGGGCCGCCUCACUCUGUAUGAUACCACCACCACGCACCACGAAGGAUUUGCAACGCACUCUCUUCACGUUAACUCCCAUGUUUUUUACCGAAUGCAACUUUCUUAUUGAGAAUGAUUGCUUGACGCUUCAAAAUGUGUUAACGGGAAUGUAUGUAUGCACACAAGAGGCGAGAGACCGCCUUUUUCUCCAGUGGCAACCAUCUGUCUCUGAUACCAUCACUGUGCGGAGUUCUCGUCAGGAGAUUGUGCAGGAUGUCAUGUUUCUGAGGUCACACUGCGAGAGACUCUGCCGGUAUCGUGAUGCCUUCCAGGCUUUGGCACGCUUAAAAAAAUCGCGACAUCCGUCUUUUCAUCGGGAUGGUGGAGGCUUGGAACCAUAUCCCGGAAAACGCGAGAGUUCCGACUCGUGUGAGGAAAAUUUAACGCCUACGAGGGCAGCAUUUGUGCAGGGCGGCGCUCUUUCAACAGAUUUUGGUGUUUCCAGUUUAGGGCGUCAAACGAGGACUACUGAGACUCCGUACGCAUCGAUUCUCCCCAUCAUUUAUGCCUCUCAGAGUAGUCUGGAGGAACUCAUUCGUUUCUGUUCGUCAGCUCGCGUGCGUGAUGCUCUCCGUCUUGACGGUAUUCCGAUCGUGCGGCGUCAGCGGAUGAUAUUUGAGUUAAAUAUCCACCGGCUUGUUAUGGAUGUCAUUCUCACGCCCUUUUCCCUGCUACAGUCGGAGGAAACGGAUGGCAUGGGCGAUAAAACCAUGAGUGGAAUGCUCCCAUGGGGCUGCAGCCCACGAUUGCCACCGUUGCCUCUCAUGGGUGGGUUUUUUUGCAUGGGCGAUGCGUUGGAUGAUGCGCAUUCAGAGGUGCACCUUGUUUGUCGCCUCGCCUUUCGAUUCUUACGUCAGAUGGUGCGCAAGGCAAAGAUGCUGAAGAAGUGGCUUGUUGAAUUCAUCCCAUACUUUUUGGAACUUGGGGGCCACCGCUUUCGUGUGUCUGACACAAUGACGGAGCUGUUUUCAGAAAACAACAGCGUUCCAAGACCAGUUGUGGAGUCUGUGGCGGACCACUUCAUUGGCUCUCUUCGCCGCGGACGCAGUGCAGGUCAUUUGAAUCUAUUGGCCUCCAUGUGCACCGUAGGAUUUAGCGGUAUCUUUGAGAGACAAGCCAUGGUGUGCCAGAAGCUUCUUGUUGAAAACAGCGAAUUGCUUUCUCGUUUUGUGCUGAAUCAAAAUGGGGAAUGGGCGGUUGUGGUGAAUGAGGGUGAGGCUCCUGUCGAGUGCGGUGCCCUUUUUGAAUUGAUGCGGCCCCAUAAUUCUCAGCAGCAGAUGGGCUCCGAUGCGAAAUAUGCCAGGUUUUUACAGAGUGAAAUUCAAUUGCUUGGCUGUUUGUGCUUUGACGGCUGUCCCUCCAU